CACGUUGAGCGUGGAUACUCUUUCAGAAUUUUCACUCAUCCAGGAAAAUAUGUUUCUGUCAAUUUUUUGUUAACAUAAAACAUUAUAUUACAUACUGAAAGAAUGUCAUGUUCAUUUUAUUGCCCAACUGCAUUUCCCAGUAGGCUAUGAUAUUUGCACCAUUGUCCCAUGCUAGCUGAGGAAUAAGGAAGUGUACCUAGGUCCCCAACCCCUUUGAAUAAUGAAUUUCAAUUCAGUUAUACAUUUUCAAAUUAUAAAGAUUGACGAGAAAUUUCUGCGAUAAAAGAAGGCUCUUAUAUUUAUUUAAGGAUUAAGCCUUCUUUAUCAAUCUAUGGUCCCAUAAUUCUCACAGGAUUGCAGACAAAUUCAAUAACGCGUUAAUAUUUUGUUUUUCUUAUAUCCGUCCUGUAACAGUGGUAUCACAUCCUACAACUAAACUCCCCUCUGUCAAUGGGACCUGCUCCUAUUACACCAAGACAACAGGCGACUGUUCCUGACGAAAAAAUAGAAUAUAGUCUAAACAGAAACUCGUCAAUUUAAUUUCAACAUUCCGACCAAUAUAUUCCACUGUAAAGAUAUUCUCUUUUUCUACAUCAUAACUAUAUAAAUCAUUGCAAGUUACAUUGAUAUUUUUUUUACUCUGGUUGCAUGAGUUUUCCUGACGUCAAAAAUACACCUAGUAUAGUGACGUCAGAUAAAAUAUUAUUUAGUGACGACGUCACGAACAGUGUUCUUCAUAUCGCUACACUAAGAGGAAUAAUGGUAUGAAAACUUUCCCUUUUGUUUGAAAAGUUAUAUAGUGACAAUGCAGAGCAAAUAGAAAUAUUGAAAUUAGAUUUCCUCAUGGUUUGGUUAAAAAAUAUGCCUUUACUAUUCAACUACUUUCUUUGCCCUCAGUGGUCGGCUUUAUGCUGAUGCGACGUUUCAUAGCGGGUGGUGUGUGUCUCUCCAACAAACGUCUGGAUGGGAAGACUGUCAUCAUCACUGGCUGUAACACGGGCAUUGGUCUGGAGACAGCCAAGGAGUUGUCUGCUCGAGGUGCCCGAGUGAUCAUGGCCUGUCGUGACCUUGAUAGAGCCACGAAAGCGUCCAAUAUCGUAAAAAAGUUCUCCGGAAGCAGUGACGUCACCGUAGAGCGACUAGACCUUGCCUCACUCGAGUCGGUGAGGAAGUUUGCGAAGGGAAUCAACGAUAAUGAAGACAGAGUUGAUAUUCUCAUCAACAAUGCCGGUGUGAUGAUGUGCCCUAAAUGGCAGUCCGAGGAUGGGUAUGAGAUGCAGUUUGCUGUGAACCACCUCGGACAUUUUUUGUUGACUAAUCUGUUAUUGGACAAAAUUAAGAUGUCUGCUCCGUCCAGGAUCAUCAACGUCUCGUCAAAGUUACAUUCAAGAGGGAAAAUAAGCUUUGAUGACGUGAAUAGUGACCAAAACUACUCAUCUUUAUAUGCCUAUGCACAGAGCAAGCUGGCUAAUGUACUUUUUACAAAGGAACUUGCAACACGUCUGAAAGGUACAAGUGUGACGACAAAUUCACUCCACCCAGGAGUUAUCAACACAGAGUUGAAGAGACAUGUGGAGGCUUGGGUAACGCCCAUACUGCUUUUGUGUUUAAGUCCGGUUAUAGUUUUCCUGAAGACACCAUUACAAGGGGCUCAGACAACUUUACACUGCGCUCUAGAUGAACGACUGGACAAUGUUUCUGGCAAAUACUUCAGCGAAUGUGCGGAAAAGCAACCCUCAAAGGCAGCAUUAAAUGUGGACGACGCAAAACGACUGUGGCAGCUUUCAGAGGAAAUGGUGGCAAAAGCAAGUCAAUGAAUUUGGGUACCUCCAUAACUGCAAGCGAAAGAUUUUGGUAUUAAUAACGGUAGAAAAAUCUCGGUGUUGUACUACUUAUUUGUAAUACAUAUUUACCGUCGACCCGGAACGAUAUCAUAAAACGAAAGUCUACUGUGACCAUCUCCUUAAAUAUGGACAUGUGUUGAUCCGGGAAUCUCAACUACGAUAAUCUCAACAAACCCAACACAGAAUUAACAUCAUUGGAUACAAGUAUGAAUUUUCGUUGAUGAGCAGCAUUGGCACGAGAAAACAAUUCAAGAUUUUUUUUAAGAAUCAAGAUCAAUAUCAUGAUUUGUACAAUUCAACGUGAAACUUUUAGAUUGUACCAUCCAUGUGAAUUUUAAAAUUUGUA